AUGCCUCAGCGGCGGUUCACUGCAGCGUCAGAGAACAAGCCGCGGAAAACGAUCUUCGAUGGUCUCGAGUCUGGGCCUCUGCGGAGCAUAGCGCAGAAUCCAGCGAGUCGACUCGCCAGCUCCGUCGAGACGCUCGCGAGUGCCGGCGCUUUCCCUGGCGGAGUUUCGGGGCUCUCUGCCGUCGGCCAGGAGGCACUGCUCGUGCUCAACUAUCGAUUUCACGAAUACAGAGCGUCGGGCUAUCAGGGACAGGUCAUCUGGUCGCGAACAUGUUACUGCGAGACGCAGCCGUGCGCCGGUCUGUGUAUGUUCGCGGAGCAUCGCGUUCCUCGAGCCGGUCGAGUCGAAAGCAAGCAAGGCGCGCGCGAACAUUACGAAACGCUUUCGUGCUCAGCGUACAGCUCAAAAGAUCCAUGUCGCAAUGACGAAUGCUGUAUAGCUUCAGCGACGGCAAAGACGAAGAGGACGACGACGCGGAUACCCCACUCAAACUCGAGCGCAUCAGGCGCAGAGAUUCGAAACAUCUUCAUCCAUUCGGUGGAUCGUCGACUUUUCAUGCCGGUGUACCAGAUGCAGCCGACCAUUCGAGUUCGACCCCGUAUGAUCAUCGCAGCGCUUCAUCGUCAUCUCUGCGCUGUUCUGGAACCCGAACGCCUGCUGAUACAGGAUUUCGACUGCGAGCAUGCUCGCAUCCUGCAUCGAAUGGUGUCUGGUCGGCUCACGGGGCCAGAAACAGAUCCAGGAGAGGCGUUUGGAUUUCGUGCCCUUGCAGCGAUGCUCCAUACCUGCGUUCAGUCGAAUGAGCGCAAGCUGCAGUGGAUCAAACAGCAGCUGCAGCACGGCCAACUGCACAUCAAUACCGUGGAAAAGUCCGCGGCUCCGCGGCUUUUACAAGGCGCAGCACGACAAGUGGCACUCGUAGCGCUGCGAGCCCGGAACCUCCGUGUCUGCCUGGAGGAGAGCCUCGACGACGGUAUUGCGGAAACCGUCGCAGCCUGGGUCGGAGAGUGCAUCCCCGGCGAUGACGCUGGGAUGCGGGCAUCAUUUGCCUCGACUCAAGAGAGCGUCUACACGCUGAUUGAAUGGGCGCUAUGGCAGUGCCAUGAUCAUGAAAUGUCUGCAGCUGCCUUGCGGAAGCAGCUGCACAACAUUGAAGAACUGACAGUGAUUGCGCUCGCAGCGAAACAGACUCGGCUAUGGACAGUGAACAUCAGCUGUCAUCUGUGGUUCUGUACGAUCCUGAUAAUGCUGAUUCCGGCGGAUUUUUUCGGAAUGAACAUUGCGAUUCCAGCCUAUGAGGAAACGGCUCCCUCCUGGCCGUGGUUUGUCGUCGUUGCCGUCUCGCUGGUCCUCGGUGCUGGAUUUUUGAUGAUGGGGAUUCUUUAUUGGAAGCGGAAAGGGAUGAUGUCGAUUCUGUUCGCAAAGAGCUCGCCGCCGCCGCCGCCGCCGCCGCCGCAGCAGCAGCAGCAGCAGCCCAGAUGCUCGUUGUGUGAGCGAGGCGAUGAAACGGUCACUUCUGGGAGUACGAGUGCAGCGAUUGAUGCUGCAGAAUGCUGCUAG